UUCAAGCAUGUAUGUUCUGUCUCUUUGCUUGUUUUUAGUCUCCUUUGUCCUCUAAUCAUCAUCUCAAACUCCUGAAAAAAAAAAAAAUCUCUUCUUCUUCUUCUGCUCCGAGAAUCUAUCAAUCAUGUCGAGAUUUGCUCUCGCUAUUCUCUCUUGUCUUCUCUUCGUCUCGACGAUUGUUAGAGCCACCGAUGUCAAUUACUGCGAUAAUAACGAAGAGUAUCAAGUAAAGGUCCAUGGAGUUGUUAUAUCGCCUGAUCCUAUAGUUACUGGCCAGCCAGCCACUUUCAGCAUCUCUGCUAACACAGAUAAUGUGAUCUCACGAGGAAAGCUGGUGAUCGAAGUGUCAUACUUUGGGUGGCAUAUUCAUUCUGAGACGCAUGAUCUUUGUGAUGAGACAAGUUGUCCAGUGGCAGUUGGAGAUUUCUUAGUAGCGCACUCGCAAGUUCUACCCGGUUAUACUCCUCCUGGUAAAUACUCACUUACGAUGAAGAUGCUUGAUGGGCGCAAGGAGCUAACAUGCAUCAAAUUCUCAUUCAAGAUUGGAUUGGGAUCAUCAUCAUCCGUGGCCGACAUGUAGAGCUAUUUGCUCGCUGGAAUAUAUCUUUCCAUGAUGUCACACCAUUUGCUUUGUAUAAAAAGGAAAAUACCCUUACCCUUUUACCAAAAUUGUUGAUCAAAAAAACAUUUGGAAAUUUCCCAAUCUUUUCUCAUGUUGGACCAUUGGUAAAAUCUUUUGUUACAUA